AUGUAUCCAAGAAAUAGUUCAUCACCAUUUGUACAACCUAUAGGAACUACCGGUAAGAAUCAAGGUGGUCUGAAGGACAUGUUGACAUUGUAUAAAGAUGGUGCAACAACUAAUGGUGUUGCUGUCGACGGUAGUGCCAACGGUGCAAAAAUGACAACACCUGUCAAAGGUGGUGCUAGUUCUAUGGUAUUCACACCGGUCAAGGAGAAUCAACCGAUCGCUUUCAACUUGGGUGCUACCAUCACUACACCCACAAAGGCAAACAACAACAACAACAACAACAACAACAAUGGCGAGCGUAGUCCACUUACACCAGUCAAAGUACUAAACUCACCAGUAAACUCUUCUUCUUCUUCCUCCGGUAGUUCCGAUGAAAACGAUGAUGAUGUCAGAGUAUUCUCUAAAUCUCCAACAAGUUCACCCAAUUUCAAGAGUCCAAAGAAUAAAACAUUGAAACAAAAGAGAUUUAGAAAUAUGACUGCACAAUUACCAACUAUUAAAUCUAUGGACGAUGUUGUAAAAUUACAAGAAGAAAUUACAGAGAACAGAGAUAAGAUACAAAGUUUACAACAACAAUUGUCAAGUGCUCAAAAAGAAAAAGGAGAGAUUGAAAAUGAAAAGAAAGAACUUUUGGAAAAGUUGAAACAAUUGGAUGAAAAGAGAGUCAGUGCUGAGAGCCGUGAGAAAGAUACCAAGCUACAGUUGGAGGAUAUGGAGAAGAAGUUGUCGUCUACCGUUGAAGCAUUGCACCAAGAGUUUGACAAGAAACUCUCUGAUAUCAACGAUGAACGCUCUCAGACCGAGAAAAUCAUUGGUAAAUACCAAGAAAGAGUAUUUUUAUUUUUCUCUACUUGUUUGGCUAUUAAAUUGAAUCAAUUGAUGUUGAAUACUCCAACCAAUAUUUGUACUCAAGAGUUGUGGGAAGAGGCAGAAGCUCAACAAAUCACAUCGGCCAGAUUCACUCAAUUCAUUAGCCAGAAAGUAAAAGCAUUGCAACAGCAACAAGCUCCACCCUCACCAGCCAAGUCACCAAGAAAGCAAUCACCACCAACACCAAAAAAGAAAGGUAGUGCAGCAGCUCCACAAAAAUCAAAGAAAUAG